CAGCGGAUGUGUUUCUGACAAAUAAUUGUACCGUCUGCCGCCUCCUACUAGCCGGUCAACCCCUCUUUGAUACCACGUUUGCUUGCGCUCCAAAGCUUCUUACACCUUUAUUUCCGAUACUAGAUAAUUGAUGAGGCGAGUCAUUUCGGAAGUAGACGUUAUUCCGGCUCAGCAUCAAUCGAACCCUAGCGGAGCGCACCAUCGAAGAGGAUCGAAUAACGCUCCUUCCGCCGCAAUCGACGAAGCAGAGCAGCCUUUUAACUGUCGCUCUGAAAAUACCCCUUUGAAUGUAGUCGAACCGGAAGGUCUGCAAUCAAUGGAUGUGGAUGAAAAGACUGGAUUGAAUUAUAACAGUAGCAAUAUCAGAAGUACUUCCCCGUUGAUUACCGGAGCCCCGUUGCAAAUGAUUCGUCGCAAUCUCAGUGAUGCCGUUUCACACUCCAGUCUUUCUGGCGACGAAGAAGAAGCCGCAGCGGUAGCGGAAGACCAACGAGUUAACUUCGAUAACACGUUCAACGAAGUGGAAUCUGCCAACGAGAAUGUGGACAUGGAAGAAGCUAGCAUGCAAGAGGAACAACACCAGGCGCCGAACGAAUCUAUUCCCUCCGGUAUGAAGCGCACGGCCAGUGACUUUCAACGUAUGGAUUCGGUUAAUGGUGACUCUAGCUCAGGCUCACUGGGGCGGGCAAGCAGUCAAAAUAGUAGUCGUGAUUGGGGCUGGUUCAAAGACGUACACCAAAGCUCUGAACACCUUUUCGCGCACGAUAAGAAACAGACGCCAACUGUGAGCAGGACAGGAUUAGUAUCGGAAGUUUCGGGAGAACCCGUUUCGACUAUGAUUAAGCACAUGGACAAAGACUCCUCCAUGGCUGUAACCGCUCCAACGUACGUGUUGGAAGAAUCCUUGAGCAAUCAGAAACUUUGGAAAUACACCGCCGGGAAUCGUCCACCUCAGCCUGUGGAUGAACGCGCAUUCUAUGAACGCAUGUGGGCCCAGAACUUUGCAAAAUCUCAGGUCCAGUACUCCCUUCCGGUAGACGUGCUAACGGCCGCCUCGCCCAUUUGCAUGAGUCCUUUUGCCGAAGGUAACUUUGAAGGAUCUACCGCCGAUGGGAGCGAUUUGGCCAACUACAACCUCGCAUCUAUCUCGGUGCAACAAGAUCCCCAGACCGAUGCGGCCGAAGCGGCUUUGGUAUUUCGAUUGACGGACGGGGCAGACAACGACACUCGUCAGCAGGUAGUAGUAAACAAAACUGUCAAGGGUUCCACCAGCGAUGGCGAUUUGAAAGUAUUAAUCCGCGGCGACAACGUUUUUGGGACUACCGUGAGCAAAAGUUUUCCCCGCUACGCCGAGCCAAGUGGUCCCAUUGCCGGGGUCGAUACCGUUAACAUCAGUGUCGCAAGUUAUCGAGUUGUGGAAUCGAAAAAGUACGGCAAAUAUGCACAAUUUCUCGUCAUUUACCGGGAGGGGAGUAUCCGGGACACCAUAGGGCUGUGGAAACGGUACCGGGAUUUUGAACGUUUGGCGCAGAUUGUCACGCACUCGCACGAAGGCUGUGCCUCCGCGAUUGCCAACAUGAGUCCCUUGGCGGUUACGGAAGAACCCGAGACGGAACACUUACCCAACGCGAUUACAAGCUGGCGGCUGCUCAAAAAACGCCAACGCUGGUACCGAUGCCUUGACGCCGGAUAUCUAUCACUCAAGGUGUUUUUGCUCGAGCGUUUUUUGCAUGAUAUCUUAUUCGAAAGUUCGGCGCCGCAACUACUGCGAGAAUUCGUGUUCUCCGGGGAUGACUCCUAAGCCAUUCGGACUCCUUGACUCGUUUCACAUCGCAGUAAGGAUCAGAGAUUGCAUGGUGACCGGAACGCGUACUACUUAAAAUACACAAAACAAAGCGAUGUAUCCC